AUGAGGUUUCUGUUUGGAUUGUUUUCAUUGGUUCUCUGGGCGCAGGUCACGUGGGCGGAUGUUGACGUCCCCGUGACCAACCAUUGGAAUGGAGGUUUUCAGGCGCAGGCGUGUUUUGACAUCACACAAGAGCUCCACGAAUGGACGAUAACUCUUACCUUUGAUCAGAAAAUCAACAGUCUAGAAGUGUGGGUGGCUGACGUCCUUGAGGUCAAAGACGACGGCAAGGUCUAUGUCCUCCAUAGCAAGACGUGGAACCAGGAUGAGCACGUGGGAGAUCACCUGUGUGUUGACAUGCUCGGUCACGGUGACGGCGACAUAGUCCCCAAACUGACGGCAUCGCUGAAUGGUGUGGUAGGUGGUGGUGUUGUUGCCACGACAACGGUUAUUACAGCCGCGCCAGGUGAGACUCUACCUACGAUCACACCCAGACCAGUGGUUCUUCCCUCUGGUGAUGGGGUACACGCCAGUCUUACAGUGGCUAUAAAUAACCCGGACAACAUCCAAGGCUACUUCGACUUUGAUGUCGUUGAGGACAUCUUUGGAUGGGUCAUCAACAUCACCUUCAGCAAACCUAUCCGAAAUAUGAUGAACUUCGAGGUGGGUGAUGUCCUGUCCCACUCAGCAGACGGCUACAACUGGCUGGUGGUCAACCGUCCAGAGCACGUCUCCUACCACGCUGGUUCCAAGCUCCACCUCAAGUUUGACGCACAGUACGGGGGUGGGGGUGUGACUGGUCAAGCUGUCCUGAUCAACUUGGGUAAAGAUAACAUCACUGUCCACGAGGCGCCCAACACCGACAACUCCAAAUACAACUACAACGACUUGCUCCAAAAGUCCAUCCUGUUCUUUGAGGCCCAGCGGUCAGGCAAACUACCGGCCACCAACAGAAUCCCGUGGAGGGGCGACUCGGCUCUGGGGGAUAAGGGCAGUGCAGGGGAGGACUUGACUGGGGGAUGGUAUGACGCCGGCGACCACGUCAAGUUCAACUUCCCCAUGGCCUACUCGGCCACCAUCCUGGCCUGGAGUUACCUGAUGUACAAGGACGCCUACGUCUCAGCUGGUCAGGCGGACUACCUGCUGGACUGUAUCAAGUGGCCGCUGGACUACCUGCUCAAAUGUCACACUGGUCCAGAGGAGCUGUACGUACAGGUGGGGGACGGCGGGGCUGACCACGGCUACUGGGGACCACCAGAGCUGAUGACCAUGGCACGGCCAGCCUUCAAGAUCACCACCAGCAAGCCUGGCAGUGAGAUCUCCAUGGACACUGCAGCGGCUUUUGCUACUGGCUACCUGGCGUUUAAGGACAAAGACCCGACCUACGCUGCCACUCUUCUCACCCACGCCAAACAGUUGUGGGACUUUGGUAUGAAGUACCGUGGCAAGUACAGCGAGUCUGUCAGUGCUGCGGCAGGUUUUUACAGUUCCAACAACAUAACGGACGAGCUGUGUUGGGGAUCACUCUGGCUCUAUCAGGUGACCAACGACACCAAAUACCUGGACGAGGCCGAGAGAUACCUGGACCACGACCCGGCCUGGGGGAUGUCUUGGGACGACAAGACCAUCGUUAACCAGAUCCUCCUGUACAAGCUGACCAAGAAGGACGUCUACAAGACAGUGGUGGAGAACUCCUUCAAGAACUGGUUCCCCGGGGGUAAUGUCCCCUACACCCCCAAAGGCUUGGCCUACAGGCUGCAGUGGGGCUCGCUCAGAUAUUCGUCCAACAUGGCGAUGGCGGCGCUGGUGGCUGCCGACGCCGGCCUUCACCCUGACGAGUACAGGCGGUGGGCCAUGUGUCAGAUGCACUACGCCCUCGGCGACACGGGGUUCAGCUACGUGGUUGGGUUCGGCACCAAGUAUCCACUGAGGCCACAUCACCGCUCCAGCUCCUGCCCCAACCAACCAGCCAAAUGCGGUUCUCAAAUUAUGCCACUGAAAGAGCCCAACCCCCACGUCCUCUACGGUGCUCUGGUCGGAGGCCCAGGUGCAAAUGACGACUACACCGACGACAGAUCCAACUACGUCAACAACGAGGUCGCCUGUGAUUACAACGCUGGGUUCCAGGGUGCUGUUGCAGCUCUCAAGUCCCUGUACCUAAGGGGAGAUCACCCAGAACAGAAAAACAAUGCCCGGUGCCCAUACACCUCGGGCAGCGGAUAAUUGUUGACAUAAUAUUUAAAUGUUGAAUGGCUAUUGUUCUUUUGGAAUUUUAGCUCCAUAAAAUAAUGUUAUACAAA